UUUUUUACGGCAAUCUGCUCAUUUGGAGAGUGUAAUAAGAGAUAAAUUAUUAGCCCAGCAACCUGAUGCUUAUGAGUGGUUUUGGUCUGAGCAAGUUCCAGCUGUGGUGACCACUUUUGUUAAUUACUUUGAAAGGGACCCACGCUUUACUGCCGCUACUGCAGUGUAUGGAAAAGGAAUGUUGUUGGGUUCAGGGAAUGCAAGUGACAUAUCACUCCUCAUGCUUGCACUGUGUUGCAUUUCAGCUGUCACAGAGCUUGGCCCACCCAGAAUUUCUUGUCCACAGUUCUUCUCCAUGAUUCCAGAGAUAACUGGUAGAUUGAUGGACUUGCUGGUUGAUUUCAUUCCUAUAAGCCAAGCUUACCAUUAUAUAAAGGAUAUUGGAUUACAUAGAGAGUUUCUUGUCCAUUUUGGUCCUCGAGCUGCGGAAUGUAGACUGACAAAUGAUUUUGGAAUGGAAGAGGUUGUAUUCUGGGUGGGUCUUAUACAGAAUCAGCUGCAGAGAGCUGUAGAUAGGGAGAAAAUAUGGUCGAGACUCACUACAUGUGAAAGUAUUGAGGUGUUGGAGAGGGAUUUGGCUAUAUUUGGAUUCUUCAUUGCUUUAGGAAGAAAAAGCCAAUCCUUCCUAUCUGCAAAUGGCUUUGAUGUUUUAGAUGAACCUAUUCAAAGCUUCGUAAGGUACCUUAUUGGAGGCAGUGUGUUAUACUAUCCUCAGCUUUCCUCAAUAAGUUCUUAUCAACUGUAUGUCGAGGUAGUUUGUGAAGAGCUGGACUGGCUUCCUCUUUAUCCAGGCAACAUUGGUACCCCAAAAUUCUCCCAUGGUCAUGGAAGUAAAACAAAAAGUCCUCCCAAUGCUGAAGCCAUCCCCAAAGUAUUAGAUGUUUGCUCUCACUGGAUGCAGAGCUUUAUUAAAUACAGUAAUUGGCUGGAGAACCCUUCUAAUAUCAAGGCAGCAAGAUUUCUCACUAGAGGGCACAAGAAGUUAAGGGUGUGCAUGGAAGAACUGGGGAUACAAAAGACUGAAUUGAUUGAAAGCACUGCUAAGCAAUCUGUUGAGAGGAGUAGAUCUGGAAAAGAGCCAGAUUCUUUUGAUAAGGUAGUCCUCAAUCUCUACAAAAGACAGGCACUGGAAAGUGUUGAAGAAGCUCUGAUAAGGCUAGAGGAGUUGCUUCAGGAGCUGCAUGUAUCAAGCUCCAAUUCUGGAAAAGAGCAAUUAAAAGCUGCUUGUUCUGAUCUUGAGAGCAUAAGGAAACUUAAGAAAGAGGCUGAAUUUCUUGAGGCAUCUUUCAGAGCAAAGGCAGCUUCUCUUCAGCAGGUACGUUUCUCCAGUUCAUUUGAUUUAAGGAAUAAAAUGGAGAGUGAUAAUCGUUCCUCAUCUUCUACUGCUGAGGAGCAACAAUAUUCUAGAAGGAAGAACAGCAAGGGUGUUGAUGUAGUUCUGGAUAGGAGCAACAGAUUUGUCAAUAAUUCUUGUAGAUUAUGGAACUUCUUAGUGUGCUAUCCAACCAGGAAGCCUGCCCUCGGGUUAUCCACUGCAGAUGGAAGUGAUGUUGAACCUUUUGAACAAUCUACAGUGAGUAUGGCUGGAGCAGGCUCAGAGUCGAGUGAAAUUCAACGUUUUGAGCUUUUAAGGAAUGAGCUAAUUGAACUUGAAAAACGAGUUCAAAGAAGUGCUGAUCAAUCUGAAAAGGAAGAGGUAUCUCUUAACCAUCUCAACCACCUUGUAUUUAGAAAUUUAUCUUUGGUAGAUAUAUAUAUCUCACACGGGAGGUUCCUUUUCUCUUUCUCAUUUUUCUUUUUUCUCUUUCCUUGAUAGUAAUAAUGGAGG